CCCAUCCCAAAUUAUUCCAAUCUAGUCUAGGCAACAACAAAAAAAAAAAAAGGUAAACAGGAGGCAGGCAGUCGCGCGUCUCCGGUCGCCGCCGUCGUCUCCGGCCGGGCGGCGAUGGGGAACAUGACCCGCUCCGACUCCCCCAUCUCCCGCCUCAUCGUCCUCUCCUUCCUCGAUUUCCUCAACUCCGUUGAGUUAGCUCCUGGGGCUGAUCCUGAAGCUCUUGAGGUUGCCAGGGAAUGUCUGGAAUCCAUUUUCAGUAUCAACUCUUCAUCUGUUGUUGAAAGGGUACAUCCAGGACUUCUACUUGAACUCUUUAGCUCUAUGGAAGCUGCUCAACAAGAUAACUCUGCACCCGGCCCGGUAUCCAACAAACCUUCUUGCAGUGCGAGCACUUCAACUAUCCAAGAAGACCUGACUAAAUGUACAACAUCAAAUAGUGAAGGCCAAAAUGAAGAUACCUUCGACUUAGAUCAUUCAGGAGAUGAACUGUUUGCAAAAUUCUAUACCUCGCUUGAUGAAAUCAAUUUCUUUAAAACAUCAUCUGCUGGAGCUGAAGAUCCUGGCCAGCUUUCAAAAGCAACACAAUUCUUCGAUGAUGCAUUGCUGGGGAUGCGGAAGUCAGGAAGGAAAAGGGCAAGCUUAGGAGACCUUGCAGAAUUCUUCAAGUCAAAAGGUAAUGAAUUCAUGAGGUCAAAACAACAUCUUAAAGCUGUAGAACUGUACACCUGUGCUAUUGCGUUGAGCCGAAAUAAUGCUAUUUACUAUUGUAACAGGGCUGCUGCAUAUACCCUUCUUAAUAUGUUCAAUGAAGCUGUUGAGGAUUGCCUGAAGUCAAUUGAAAUUGACCCUAACUACAGUAAAGCAUACAGCCGACUUGGAUCUGCUUAUUUUGCUUUGGGAAAAUACCACGAUGCUUUGUACAAGGGAUAUUUGAAAGCCUCCGAGCUUGAUCCUAGUAAUGAAAAUGUCUGGCAGAAUAUCGAGGUUACCAAAAAGAAGCUGGCUGAACAGCGAGGUCCACCAGAAGAACAGAAUACAUACGCACCCCAAAGUCAAGCAUCACAUGGACAGUUUCCUGGUCAAUCAAGCAGUGGUGUUCCAUUCACGUUUUUUCCUCCUGGAAAUUCUCCAACUCCUGAGUUCUUCGCCAAUAUCAUCAACCGUGUGUCUGAUAUCAGUCAACAAUCAUCUGAGCAUUCCAUAAAUAUAAAUUUGAAUGACAUUUUUAAUCAUGCAAAUGUCAAUGGGAACAGUCAAGGAACACCUCAGACAGAGACUUCAAGUAACCAUACCCCACCUCCUUCUUUUCCAACCAAUACUGCAGUCCCUCCUCCUUUUUCGUUCACGGGCUCUACUGAAGGAAAUCGCCCACAACAAACUUCAAGUGGACAUGAAGGGGAGCAUGGCCAACCAGGCAUGCACAGGGAUGCUGGCAUCCAAAUAAACUUGGCAGGACCAGAGCAGGCUGCAGACGCUAUGAGAGCUGUGAUGGAGAUGCUCGCGCCCCAUAUGAGCCAACGUGAAGGUGCACCUGGGUCUGCUAGAGGACCAGGCUAGACCUGAGGAACAAGACGAGUGUAACAGUUCAAUUCUUGACUUUGGUAACAGUUUAGUAGGAGUACGGGUAUAUUCUCAUGUUCUUUUUGGUACUUUUGUUUGCCAACCAACCAUGGAAGCUCAUAUCGGGAUUGGGCACGUUAUAUCUGUUUAUUGGCAUCUUAAUUUCUUGCUGUAUCUUCUAUGCUUGCAUUCUCUCUGCAUAUAAGCAUUGAUGUAGUAUCAUGAAUUCAUGAUAAGCCUAUGUUGGUCAUGUUUGGUGAAGUAUAUUAUGCUAAAAUUUUGGAGGGAAUUGAGUACUUGUGUCUAAUCUUUUGAUGAUGUAUGAGGCUUUACCCUUUGGUUUA